AUGACGGGGAGCGAGAUGUUCACCUGUGCGUGCUUCUUUCAAUACCUGGGUCAGAUUGCUAAAACUUCCGGCGUCUCUACUGUCUCGUUGAAUGAAGAUAUCAACAACAUCGUUCUCUCAACCACUCCUAUGCCUUGGGAAAACAUGUUUCACAAGAUGGAUGCAGGACACAGAACCGAGAGCGCUACAUCUACGCCUAUCACAGCGUCUGCCACGUCAAAUAGCAUAGCUUUCCCUCCGGCGCCCACUACUACUCCCGGAGACUUCAACGUCUCCGGGAAUAUUGCCUCGGAGCUCAUUGAUACACAAAUCCUACCUCCGGAUUUUAACGUCGAUGGCCUUCUCGCUGUGGCACCAGAAAUGUGGGGACUUGCAAUGACAUUGCCCUAUAUUUCGCUUGCUAAUAACUCCAUAUGGCGUCCAAAGCAUGAACGUAAGGUGCAAAACUGCAGCGUUCAAGGUACCAUAUCACUCUUCCAGGGCUUUUUCAGUAUCGAGAACACGAGAGAAAGUGCAUCAGACGAAACCAUGAUUAUAGAGUUCUUUACCGAGGACGGCUACUUGGAGCUUCGGGCGGAUAAUGUUGCCGCGCAUAUCGAGUUGGAGAGUUCGAUAGAAUCUUCGAUUGAACUGGCCGCGGUGGAGAUACCACUGCCGUCGGUUGGCUUGCCGGGCUUUAUGAUUCCUGGUAUAGCCACCGUUGGCCCAAUGUUAAUGCCUAUCAUCGAGAUAGGAGCUCAAUUUUCAGCGCAAAUCGAUUUUACCUACGGGUUCGACCUCAUGAUACCCAACAACUCAACCAUCAUCAUCAAUAUGGCAGAACUCGCUAAUUCCACGGAAACAGGCUUCCGAGACGCCUCCCUCGCCCCCCUCCCAUUUCAAGCCUCCGUCCCCUCCCUCACCGUCACUCUCUCCGUCGGUUUCCUCCCCCGUCUCCUCCUCGGCAUCUCCAUUGGCUCUGCCUCUGUAGUGAGCUUCUCCGCCGGCGCGGGCGCCAUUUUCGGUCUCCCGAAACUCGAAACCAGAAUCUCCCAGGUCGCGGAUGUCAACGAGCGGUGCGAAGCCCUCAACACAACCGCCGCAGACGACGACGACGAUGACAAUGACGAUGCAUUCGACUUCCUCACGCUCAUCGAGCCAAGCGUAGUAUUGGAUGUUGAGCUGAUCGCCGAAGCGGAUAUCGAUGUCGGAGUGACGAUUGAUAUCAAUGCCACGUAUCCGUUGCUAAGCACGGCUUUCCCAUUGCCGACGGCUUGUCUGAGCUACGAUGCUGAUGCGGAGAGUUAUGCACCUGCUGCUAUAGCUGAUGCGAGGAGUUAUGCACCCGCUGCUAUAGAUGCCACGGUUGAGGAAGGGGAUGGCGGACAGGGGAGUGGCGGGAUGAGGUUGGGGGUGGGGAGGUUGAAGAUGCUGGUGAGUUUGCUGGUGGGCGUAAUGGCGGUGUUUGUUGGGAUGUAA